CUAAGCGGCCACUUCGCCGUACUACACUUGAUUUGAUGACAUUCGCUCCAUUUGCUGGUGUAUGGGAGUGUGCGCUUGAGACGUCGUCACCAGUCGAUGCCUACUGUAAAGCAAAUACGAUAUGUAAAUGCGAUGCGCGUCAAGUGUCAGCAUUUGAAGAUUUACCAACGACGCGUUCAGUCAUUUCCGUCUUCCAGGCGGAUAACUAGCGAACUACAUACGGCUAACCGGACAGUGUCAGUUAGAAUAUAAUAAUCGCCUACCUCUCACAGUUGUGCAGUGAAGCGGUGUAAUCCAACAGCAGCACUGACAAAUUGCUAGUCGUAUGUGAGAUUGUUAUUGCUUUAAUAAAUUAUGGAUGGAGUGUUUGUGUGACCAUAAACGCAUAUGAGACGCGCCCGUAUGACACAAUGACUGUAAGCAAGCGUUGCCAUUACGGUAUGAAGUCACUUGCGGCUCGCUGGGCGUUGGAUGCGUGCAUAAAUUAGUAAAGAAUUCAAAAUUAAAAGAAAAAAUAGUUUUAAUAAGUCGCUCGGUAAAGUUCUACUUUUUAACUGAAUCGCCGAAGACCACUAAAAAUGGUGAAAAUUCUGCAAGCCUAUAACUUUGCCAAGCAGCACACGUACGCUCUAAAUGGUGACAUACUUUCCGCCUCACUGAUCGAUUCCAGUCGAAUUGCUGUUAGUAGCGCUGAGCAAUUUAUUGAAAUCUAUGAUAUCGGCGGCAAGCAGCGGCGUAAUGAAUUGAAUGGCAUCGAUUUGAAUGCCAUUACCACGGCAAGUGAGUAUGCCGCAGCUGAGGCAGCAGCGAUGGCGGCUGCGGCACAAGCUGCAGCAGAUGAGCGGCUGCCCACGAAAUACACGCUCGCAACGGUGGGAGAAGUGGUGCACCUGAUUUACUGCGAAGCAGGCAAAUAUCUACUCACACUGGAGAAGGAAACUCUUGGAAGUCCAGUACAAACUGGCACCACCGGUAUCAGUUGCACCAGUAGCAGUAACAAUACGGCUAUUUGUCCGGAGGAUGACACUAAAAUGUUUGUGCGGAUCUAUGCAAAUUUUUGGAAAUUUCCCGAAUCAAAACUCAUCGAUCUACCCAUAACUAUACGUAUCGCCUCCAUGACCACGCCUAAGGCGCCACUGGUGGAGAGCAUCGACGUGAUUGAGUUGCCUUUGCGUAGUCCACCCGAUCUCAUACAAUGCUGCCAGACAUCCGGCAACAUUAUCGUGAGCAGCAGGGAGCGCAUCUACCUAUACGAGUACACACAGUGCAUACAUGAAACCACACAGCCACGAUUCUCAUAUAUUGACUUCCUACCUUUUAAAUUCUUUGUGAAUCUAAAUUUUGUGCCACUGCGCUUGUGUCUCGCUGAAAAUGUCAUUGCUGCAAUGAAUAAUCGCUACUGUGUUGCAUUUAAAGUGGUCGACGUGGUGAGUAGUAGUGCAGCUGGUGGCGCGCAUUGCAGUCCGUUAGAUAAUGAUUACGGUGGCGGCGGCUGCGGUGGUGGUGGUGGUGGGUUAGACGAUGUCGCCGACGUGGAUGUCGACGAGGCCAUUUCGAGUUCUGAAUCAAGUCUAAUGAGCAAAGUAAGUGCGGGUCCCUCGAGUCAUAAUAGCUUUGAAACAGAUUCUUUGGAAACCACCUCAAGUGGGCGUCCGUUGGGUGUGGCUGGGUUUCCAGGACGCACACCAAUCGAUUUCAAUGUUGCACGCAUUGUGAACUCGGCUUGUGGACGUGAGUUCGAAGUAGAUUUAAAGUCACAGUGGGAGUUGGGUGAGGCCAUAAGUGUUGGUGGCGGCGGUGGUAUUGGGCCGACAUCGAUCGGUAGUAUCGGCGGUGGUGUUUGUGUUGGAGAUACACAGGAGAUUAUUAUUAUGCCGGCACGCGCCAACGACAUAAAAAUUAAGCUGGUUAAUGAAGCGAAAGCUAUGAAUGUACAGCGUGUUGCCACCCAUGGCAACAUGGCAUACGCUUACAACGAGGACACCAGUGUCCAGUAUGAUGUGCGCAAGCUGCUGCAAAUUUGCAUGAAGUCUUCGGAGCCCAAUGGGCGAAUUGUAGACAUUUUGCGUUGCAUGGAUUUGAAAGCGAUUUAUCAACGCCAUCCACAUGAAGACGGCUUGGAGGACUCCGAAUAUGAUAUGGGCAAUCAGCAGGUGCCGGGCGCUGUGACCACUACCAAGCACGCCAAUCGACGCACACUCAAAUCUGGACAACACCAGAGUUGCGUGGGUUAUGCAUUACUAGUGGCAAGCAGCGUGGAUGGGUAUCUGUAUCAGUUUUGUGCGCAAGGCAAAUGGUAUAGUGAGAACGAGAAGCCCAUUGCCAUUUAUUCAUUCACAGCACCGGUUUUGAAGGUGCACAUCAACGAUUAUGUCAUCUAUGCAAUAACCACAGAGUCGGUGGAGACUCACACUUCGCGCAUUGGCCAUAAACUUUACCACAAUCGCUUCGAAUAUCCCACAUUGGGUGGACUUUUCCCCGAGGAAUCCAGCCCCGAUGUGAAUUCGGCUAUUGCUGUAGUCGGUCUUUGCGCUUUUAUGCAUGUCCAAUACGUGUGUGUGAAUCGAAAUAAUUUAGUGCUAAUUAGCAAUAGCGCAUUAGCUAACAAUAGCAAUGAUGUCAGCAAAAGACGUAAUGGGGGCAUCGGCAGUGGCAGUGCUGGUGGACGCAACAUAGCGGCACGUAUUCUGGCCGAAACUAAAGUAAAGAAUUUGUUACGCAGUAGCAGCAACAAUGCUGCUCAACAAACUUUGCUCAACGAAUGGACGCUUUACAAUUUGGAGGUGCCACCGGUGGAGCAUGUAAUUGAGGAUUUGGAGGCAAUCGCAGAAUCAUAUCGUGCGGCUAGUAGUACGAAUUUUUACGAUUUGAUGGAAGAGGCGCAUGUCAUGUUGCGCCUGAGUUUGUCGCUGCAGUGCGAACAGUUGACCGAAGAGCGCGAACAACAGCUGCGCAGCAAAUUCGUAGAUAAUUGCCGAAAGUUAGCUGAUUUCUCGAUACGUUCACGUAAAAAGGAGGUGUACCUGCAGGCCACAGGCUUUUACAAAAUGUGCAACCUACAACUAGCCGACAUCUACAGUAACUACAUCAACUGCUAUGUGCAGCCUGCAUGCGGAGAGCAACAGCAACUGCCGUUUGUUAAUUGCAGCAAUUCGCCAGUAAUCGAUGAGAUGCAGCUGGUCGGUUUAAUUUAUACUGUGAAAAUGUUUCUGCUUGGUUUAGGCACCGAUCGCCUACUUGCCGCCUUCCUCAAUCAGCUAGUGAAGCCGUUUUUCACGCCAAAUCGUGUCAUCGACCAAGGCUUCCUGCAAGUGCCUUUGUCAUUAGAGUUUCUAAAUAUGUUUAUUAAAUAUUCGCCAAGCGACAUACCGCAAAUCAUGUUGAACUCACCAGUGGUGGCAGAUGCGAUCAGUGGAGAAUUGGUCAAUUACCUAAAAUAUCUGGAUAAACUGAAUCCGGAUGAGAAUCUCCUUCUCGCUGUAACCGCUUGCCGCAUGUCCAACUAUCUGCUCGCCCAAGAAGUGGUAGCACGUUUGAGCCGCCGCGAAUUGGCUGUUGCUCUUAUUAAACACAAGAAUGUGCUCUUUGAUGAUGGCACCGUACUCUUCCAACGACGCGGUUCGCAGCACUACGAUUCACUUAAAUUCCGUAGCGGCUCCAUUGCUACGGCUGCCAACGGACAACACCACAAAUCGACAACUGCACAAUUUACGCGUCGCCAACAAAAGCGUAAACCGUCAUUCGGUCUAGCGCAAAGUGCAAGCCCUUUACUCGCUCCCACGCACACUGCGCAUGGUGUCAUUUCGUUCUCGGAUUUUACUGAAACCAUUUUGCUAGCCACGGAGAAUACCGAUUUGAUUGAGGCUAUCAGUGAUGUAUUUAUACACGCUCUGUGUAUUGAACACAGUAUUACCUUGGAUAUCAUUUUGCAAUUGUUCCUCAACUAUAUCGCCGCACAUAUCGGUCAUAAGGGUUAUCAGACAUCGCAAAAGGUGUUUGUGAUUGUUUUGCAGGUCUAUUACUACGAUUACUUUGAUGUCAACCCAAUGCACAACCCCCAUGAUGUUCCCUCACAGACACCCCCCAACAUAGAGGGCGGCGAUGAAUACGAUGAAUCUUCCUCGAAGGCGCCUUCACUAAACAGUGAACGGGAUAACGAAUCAAUAGCUAAUUCACUGCCCGACUCGAAUUCCGGCGCCAGCUCGUCAAUGGACGACCGCAGCUAUUCCCAUCCCACGAAUCGCAAUCGCAUUGUUUACGAUCAGUUGCAUGAUCAAAAUUCUCCAUAUAAACGUAAUAUUACAAUUUCACCAAUUCAAUUAGACAGCAAUGAACCACAGACGCCGACACAAGGUAUAAGUGAUACCGAGACAAACCUAAAAGGACUCAAAAUACUCUUUCGCAUGUAUAUGGGCCGGCUAAAAGCGCUAAGUGAUCUCAUAACUGAUCUCCAAUCAGCUGAUGUUGAGCAACAGCCUAUUAAUGAAGAUUUUGUGAGUUUACGCAUGGAAUGCAUUAAGUUUAUGAUACGCCAUUUGCAAGAUCUGCGCUCACAACAACAUCAGCAACAUCAACAAAAUCCUUUGCUGCGUCACAAUGGCGGUACUCAGUAUUAUUAUGCAAAAUCGGCAAGUAGCAGCGUCGUGCAGCCGCCGGCAGUGGUGGAUGAGCGUAAAAUCGUGUACGUGCCAUUUAUACCGGAUUACAAAUUGAAUGGCGAAGAGUUUGAGCGUCAUAUAAAAUUAUACCUGCGACCGAUUCCAUGCUUGCUAGAUCGGCCGCAAUACCUAAAUCGUUUGCCACCAUUUCGACGUGACGACUUCAGUUUUCCUAAUCGAGAUGAAGGCGAGUGUGAGGUGCGGUUCUUGGGUUGGCAUAAUGAGUUGCUCACGCUGACACUGAAAAUACAGUCGCUCUUGGCGUCAACGAAAAUUGAUCGUGAGAUUAUUGAAGAGUUUAUUGCAUUCAUACAGAAAACACCGGAUUUGAUUGGCAUCGAUAGCUUCUUGGUGAUUGUUUUGCCAAAACCUCUAGCCAUCAAUUAUAUGUUGAAUUUCUGUCCCGAAUACAUGUGGCAGUAUGGCAAGUCGAACGGAUUUACGCCCAAGCACUGGGAGUCGCUCUUGAAGAAAAUCUUAAGCAAACAAGAAUUGAUGACUAAUUGGAAAGUCCAUAUCACAGAAAUCCUUAACAACCUGGUUGCUGAGCUGUCAUUCGAGGAGCUACUGCAAUGCUUUCCCAGUGAAGCUAUCAAACAUCAUAAGACCGAAGCAUUCCUAAAAGAAUUUAAUGAUAAUCGCAUCAAUUACAUCAAUGAAAAAUUGACGUUCGAAGAGUUACAAAAGACUCUACAUUCAAGCAACAACGAAACCGUGCUAGCACGCGAUCAUCUGCCAAUGGACAACAUCGAUGAAAAUAAUGUUUUCGAACUCACAUUGCGUAAAGCUGUUUCAAAACAGCGUAGCAUCGCUUUGCGUUCGAUGAUUGAAUCCACAGGCACACAACUAUUUGAUGCUACCAGCAACCCAAUGUAUAAUCUUUGAGAUAACCGUUGCACUUAGAUAAGGAAACACCAACUGGGCACCCAAAAGAAAAAUCCUACCAUUCGGUAGUGUCUAAGUUGUGGCGUAAUGCGUAGAAUAGUUAUUAUAAAAUCACACAUAAAUAAUCACUGAGAGUAUAUUUGUUGCGCAUACAACACUUAGGUGCUUGAAAUCAUUCUAAUUUUUCAUUGAUAUGUUUUACGCUAAGAAUGCAACUUAUUUACAUACAUACAUAUACAUAUAAUAUAUAUAUACUUCUGGUAUACCUGCAUCAUUACGAGAUAUACAUAUAUUAGGCGAGCGGUAAACUCCAUAUGUUAUUUACUUAUUGGUAAGAUUAGAAAGUAGAGCGCACUUAUACUAAUAUGUAUUUAUGUAUAUUUAUUGAUUAGUUAUCUUGGAUUCAUUGUAAAAAGGCACAAAAUAUUUUAAGCAUACAUUUUUUGCGCCUAUGAUCUAUUUAGCAUUAAAUAUUAGUAUACGCAGGGAAAAGCAAUUGAAGCGUGCAAAUGUUUUGGCUUUUUUUUCAAAACUCGAGCUCUAUUCUUAAAAAGAAGUGAGCGUGCUUUUUAUGGCAUAAUUUUGCAUUUUCUAUAAAAAUCCUUAGGAUGAAUUCAGGCUUACAUAAAAAUAAGCGUAUAUUAAUUUUUUAUGCCACACACUUUGUGCUGUUGUAUUUUUUACUCAUUUACACUGCUCGACAAACUUCGAUACAUUGAAAUUUUACUUUGUGCAUAAAUUUAGAGGAAUCCAGUUUUUUUUUUAAUAAUCUGAAAAAUAAAUUCUGUAAACGUCGUAUUUGCUUCCAGCAGGAUUUGUUGAUAUUUUAAAUACUCAUAAAAACACAAAGAUGUGAUGCUUAUUGAUAUUAUUGCAACAAAAUAUUGUCUAUUGUUUGAUUUAGUCACUUUGCGAUUAUGGCAUAUGUAAGCAUUUUUUAAGCUUAAGUGUAAUUUUAAUUGUAUUGCAUUUAUAUGUUUAGCUAAUUUUUGUAUCAUUAAACAGUAUUUGACAAGUAUUGGUGUUGUAUAUCAAAUUUACUUUCUAAACACAUUUUUUACUGAACUUAAUAAUAUUUAUUAUUCCAAACUAAUGUGUAUUUUUAAAAAUCAUAUACAUACUUGUGUCUUUAUACAAAUUAAUACAUACAUAUUAUGUAAUAUACACCCAGCUUUUACAUUCUCUAUGAUACGCUCUACAUCUUUAAGCCAGAUUAUUAAUUUUUCGCGCACUUGCGAAAAUAGAAAUACAUUACCUUUAGACGCAUAAAAAUACACUUACAUUCUUCAACUAGCAUUGAAUAUUCGUAAAAGUCAAAAAUGAAAUUUUAAAUAAAAGUUUGUUAAAAUUACAUACGCACUUUCAUAUCUAAAAAUGUGUGCAGGCUAUGCAUCAAAAUGCUUAAAUAUG